AUGUCUACAAGCAGAGAGUAUGGGUUAUGCUUGGCUUAUGGACUCACACAGAGCAAAAGAAGACAGGCUUUGAGGAGUUGGUCAGUCAGAAACGAAGAGCAUCCGGGAUGGAAACAGGUUGAGAACCUGUUUGCUCUAGAGUCUAAACCAAAGGAGGAAAGCUCUCAAGAGCAAGGCACGGACGAUGACUGGUCUGAGCUCAAGGCUCCCAAAGUCGAUCUCAAGCCACUCCCAAAGGGGCUCAGGUAUGCGUUCUUAGGCUCUAACUCCACAUACCCUGUCAUUGUCAAUGAUGCAUUAGACCCCCAUGAGCUUGAAACCCUCCUUGUUGAGCUGCGAAAGUACAGGAGAGCUCUUGGAUACUCGCUGGACGAUAUCAAGGGUCUCUCCCCUACUCUAUGCACUCACAGGAUCCAUCUUGAAAAUGAAUCAAAGGGAUCUAUUGAACAUCAGCGUAGGUUAAACCCCAAUCUUAAAGAAGUAGUAAAGAAAGAAAUCUUGAAGCUUCUUGAUGCAGGAAUCAUUUACCCUAUUUCGGACAGUACUUGGGUUUCUCCAGUACAUUGCGUCCCAAAAAAGGGUGGGAUUACUGUCAUCAAGAACGAAAAGAAUGAAUUGAUCCCAAGUAGGACAAUAGUUGGACAUAGAAUGUGCAUUGAUUAUCAGGGGAUAGUCCUUGGCCACAAGAUCUCAGAGAAAGGCAUUGAAGUGGACAAGGCAAAGAUAGAAGUAAUGGUGCAACUUGGGGAGCCAAAAUCAGUUAAGGAUGUGAGAAGCUUCUUGGGACAUGCGGGUUUCUACAGGCGCUUUAUCAAAGAUUUUUCUAAGAUAGCAAGGCCACUCACAAGACUCUUAUGCAAAGAAACAGAGUUCAUCUUUGAUGAAGAGUGUAGCCAAGCUUUCUUGAAGAUCAAGGAAGCCCUUGUUAGCGCACCAAUUGUCCAAGCUCCAAAUUGGGACUUGCCCCUUUGA